CGGCGGCCGCGUCAGGACGCGUAGCGCUGACUGUCGGAGCGCAAUGACUCAGACAAACUUCACGACGCUCCGGAAAUAGGCUUCUCCAGGAGGCUGUAAAUCAGAGCCAGACUGCGGGGUUUUAUUUCCACAUUGACAAGUUUGGACAAAGUUCCUGAGGCCGUCAAACAUCAGCUGCAGUGAUCCACUGUGCGCAGGAGAUCAAUCAGACCUGAAGAGAUGAGUGGCAAGAAGAUGGAGGACGAGGCGGUGGUGGACCGCGGGGCGUCCUUACUCAAACACCUUUGUGACGAGGAGGAGGUAGAGGGUCACCACACCAUUUACAUUGGAGUGCGUGUUCCUAAAAGCUCUCGGCGUCGGAGGCGCCACCGCCGGAGAACCAGCCACAAGGACAGAAAGGAGAAGUUGACGGGGAGCGAGUUUGACAAGUCGGACACAGAAAACAACGACGAGGCCAGCAACAGCAUCCUCAAACCUCUCAUCUCGCCGGCAGCCGAGAGGAUCCGAUUCAUCCUAGGGGAGGACGAUGACGGCCCGGCGCCCCCGCAGCUCUUCACCGAGCUGGACGAGCUGCUGGAGGUGGACGGGCAGGAGAUGGAGUGGAAAGAAACGGCCAGGUGGAUAAAGUUUGAGGAAAAGGUGGAGAAAGGAGGAGAGCGUUGGAGUAAACCCCACGUGGCGACGCUGUCCUUGCACAGCCUGCUGGAGCUGCGCACCUGCAUAGAGAAAGGCACCAUCAUGCUGGACAUGGAGGCUUCCACUCUCCCUCAGGUUGUUGAGAUGAUCACUGACAACCAGAUAGAGAUCGGCCAGCUGAAAGCAGACCUGAAGGACAAGGUGAUGUACACGUUGCUACGGAAACACCGCCACCAGACCAAGAAGUCCAACCUCCGCUCUCUGGCCGACAUUGGGAAAACGGUUUCCAGCGCAAGUAGGCUGUUUUCCAACCAGGACAACGCCCGCAGUCCUCUGGAGAACUCGGUGACCUGCCUGUCGGGUCACAUCUCCAUGGAGGACUUGCAGAACCAAAGGAGUACCAGUAUGGACUGGCUUAAUAGUCCGACAACGCCUCACAAGAACCUGACAUCCAGCAGCAUGAAUGACAUCUCUGACAAACCAGAGAAAGACCAGCUGAAAAACAAGUUUAUGAAGAAGUUGCCAAGAGACGCGGAGGCCUCCAACGUUCUGGUGGGGGAGGUGGACUUCCUGGACGCCCCGUUUGUGGCGUUUGUUCGUCUGCAGCAAGCCGUGAUGCUGGGAGCGUUGACCGAAGUUCCCGUUCCCACCAGGUUUUUGUUCAUACUGCUUGGACCCAAAGGCAAAGCAAAGUCAUAUCAUGAGAUUGGCAGAGCAAUCGCCACACUGAUGUCUGAUGAGGUCUUUCAUGAUAUUGCCUACAAGGCGAAGGACAGGCAGGACCUGCUGGCCGGGAUCGAUGAGUUCCUGGACGAGGUGAUUGUUCUUCCUCCUGGAGAGUGGGACCCCACCAUCAGGAUAGAGCCUCCCAAAUCUCUACCAUCCUCUGAUAAAAGGAAAAACAUGUACGCAGGAGGAGAUUCCCAGAUGAACGGAGACAUGCCUCAUGAUGGCGGUCAUGGAGGAGGAGGCGGGCACGCUACGGGGGACGAGCUGAAGAAGACAGGAAGGUUUUGUGGUGGUCUCCUUCUUGACAUCAGGAGAAAAGCGCCUUUCUUUAUCGGUGACUUCACCGACGCUCUUCACAUUCAGGCCCUGUCGGCCAUUUUGUUUAUUUACCUGGGAACUGUGACGAACGCCAUCACCUUCGGUGGUCUGCUGGGGGACGCUACAGAAAACAUGCAGGGUGUGCUGGAGAGUUUUCUGGGCACUGCCAUCGCUGGUGGCGUUUUCUGCUUGUUGGGGGGUCAGCCUCUCAUUAUUCUGAGCAGCACCGGUCCGGUUCUGGUGUUUGAAAGGCUUCUCUUUAACUUCAGCAGGGACAACGAUUUCGACUACAUGGAGUUCCGGCUGUGGAUCGGCCUGUGGUCGGCGUUCUUCUGCCUGGUGCUCGUUGCCACUGACGCCAGCUUCCUGGUGAAGUACUUCACCCGCUUCACGGAGGAGGGCUUCUCCUGUCUCAUCAGCUUCAUCUUUAUCUACGAUGCCUUCAAGAAGAUGAUCAAAUUAGCUCACCACUACCCCAUCAACUCAGUGUACAGCACGGAAAACAUCACGCGGUACGGAUGUCUCUGCAUGGGCCCCGCGCUCUUAGAAAAUGAGACGGAGCUGCUUGACGAUCCUUUAGAAGACACGUCAAUGUGGUACAUGAACUACACAGGCCUGCCACCAAACCGCUCAUGGUCGAGCCUCACCAUGUCAGAGUGUUUAAUGUACAAAGGAGAGCUGGUGGGAGAGGCGUGUGGCUACGUCCCAGACAUCACCCUCAUGUCCUUCAUCCUCUUCUUCGGUACCUACACCACCUCCAUGUGUCUUAAGAAGUUCAAAACAAGCCCCUUUUUCCCCACCUCUGUGAGGAAACUCAUCAGUGACUUCGCCAUCAUCUUGGCCAUCCUUAUCUUUUGUGGAGUUGAUAUUUUCGUGGGAGUUGACACUCCUAAACUUAUCGUGCCAACCGAAUUUAAGCCAACAAGCCCGAAGCGGGGUUGGUUUGUGCCCCCGUUUGGAGGAAACCCCUGGUGGGUUUACCUGGCCUCCGCCCUGCCUGCUCUCCUCGUCACCAUCCUGAUCUUCAUGGACCAACAGAUCACCGCUGUGAUUGUCAACAGGAAGGAGCACAAGCUAAAGAAAGGGGCAGGUUACCAUCUGGAUCUGUUCUGGGUGGCGGUUCUGAUGGUGGUUUGCUCCUUCAUGGGCCUGCCGUGGUAUGUGGCCGCCACCGUCAUCUCCAUCGCCCACAUCGACAGUCUGAAGAUGGAAACGGAAACGUCGGCGCCGGGAGAGCAGCCCAAGUUCCUGGGAGUGAGAGAGCAGAGGGUCACUGGAGUGUUGGUGUUCAUGCUGACAGGACUGUCUGUGUUCAUGUCUCCAAUUUUAAAGUUUAUCCCCAUGCCGGUCCUGUAUGGAGUCUUCUUAUACAUGGGAGUUGCUUCUCUUAAUGGAGUUCAGUUUAUGGACCGGCUGAAGCUGCUGCUGAUGCCGGCCAAGCAUCAGCCGGACCUGGUUUACCUGAGGCACGUUCCCCUCAGGAAAGUCCACCUCUUCACCUUCAUCCAGAUCCUCUGCUUGGCUCUGCUCUGGAUCCUCAAGUCCACCGUGGCGGCCAUCAUUUUCCCCGUCAUGAUUCUUGCUCUGGUUGCUGUCAGGAAAGCCAUGGACUACAUGUUCUCCCAGCACGACCUGAGCUUCCUGGACGACGUCAUUCCAGAGAAAGACAAGAAGAAGAAGGAGGAUGAGAAGAAGAAAUGUGGCAGCGUGGACAGUGAUGGUGAAGAUUCUGACUAUCCUUACAAUGAGAAUGUUCCCAAUAUUAAAAUUCCCAUGGACAUCAUGGAGAAGGAGCCCUUCUUAGGUGAUAAGGCCAGUGACAGAGAGAAGCCCCUGUCAUUCCUUGAUCGACACACAUCGUGCUGAGCAGCUCCGCUGCUACCAGGACAGCUACUUAUCCAGCCCGGAGAUGACCCCGCUGAAGUCAGUGCCUCAGAUCAGGAUAGACAUGGAGCCGGAAGACGAAGACACGUUUUACUGGAGGGGCCGGGGAUCCGAAACGUCGCUGUAGACCACCAACCUGCAGCUUCCUGUCAAAUUAAUCUUAACUUUCUGCUUCUUUUAUGAUUUUAAGAGGUUUGUUUUGAAUUGCUGGGACUUAAAAAGGGAUAAUUUUUAAAUACGUCUGUCUUCACCGUCAUGUUGGUAUUUCUCUCACACCUUCACAGUCUCACUUGUUGAUUAAAUAUAACUCCUUACUGCUGAUCUAUGCAACUGCUGCCACAGUAAAUGCUGCAGCGCUCUCACUAAACAUGGAGUGCCGUCCCAUCUCUUUUUAUACACUCAUAUAUAUAUAUAUAUGUAUAAAUACAAAUAUGACCUUUCAGAUUUUUUUAUAUAAACUGAACUACUCUAACAUUUUCCUGUAGCAGGAAAGUUAUGUUUUUAUAGCUCUACCUCUUGUUUUAGAUUCAAAUCUUAUUAUGAACAAAUAAUUCUUGGAGUUUUGAGAUUUUCUCUCUGUCCUUUCCUAGAAUUGCAAUAAUUUAAGAAAUGUGCUGUAUUAUAGCUUGUAAAGGAAGUAAAAUAGAGAUUUAAUAUAAUUAACUAUAAGUUAACAGAGCACAGUUGAGUGUGCUGAUUUGAUUGCUUCUGUUUGUUUAUAAUCAAAUCUUUUACACCUUUUCUUCAUUAACAUAUUUUUGUUUUCUGUUGAUUUUUAAAAAGUGAUAAUUUUGUGUAAAUGUCGGUCACAUUUCCUGUGUAUUUUUCUAUGAUGUGGGUAGAAGAUGAUCAAAAUCAUCCAACCUUUCUCAUCCAAACAAGAACCUGAACUGGGAAUGCAGAUCAUAUUAAUACAUGACUGUGCUGCAUAAACUCCUGUACCUAAGUGGCCCAUAAAGGAUCAAUUUGAACUGGAAGAAAUGAAGGAAACAAGAUGUGGAAAUGAUAUUCAUGACGGCUUGUGUUCACAGCAGGAAUGUGUGUAUUUUAUCAGCUGUCAUCUGAUUUAUGGGUUGUUUUUGUUCAGUGUCAGUAAAGAGCACCUCUAUCUCAGUUGUAGGGUUUUAUAUAUCAGGACAAAAUAUCCUUCUGAACUCUGAAAUUGGUUUAAAUGUGACCGCAAAGGUGAAAAAAAGUCAAAAAAGAUACUUUUCUCCAACUGGAAAAUGAAUAGAGUUCAGACUGUUGGAAAAUUUCAUCAUAAUUCUUCCAAACUUGGUGGAUCAUUGCUGACGUCUCCAUAUUAGCACACAAAGAUCAUGUUUUCAUACAGAUGCUCACUCUGAUCCCUCUAUUUUCAAUCCUUCACUUAGUUUUCCAACUCAACGCUCUGCAGGUUUUCCAGUGGAGUUAUUAGUUCACCGCCUGUCAGAAAGCUGCAGAGGAAAACUGACACUUUAUUGUUAAAUUAACUUGAGUCUUUCUAGAGAAGAAAAAAUGGUUUAUUGUAGAAUUUCUAUUUUUCAAAUGAAAUGUAUAUUGAAAAUAAACGGUUAUCAAACACC